AUGGCCGAUGGUCGCUCAGCGUCACAUACCUCCUCUCCUGUGUCUAACAAGACCUCAUCAAAUGGCUCCGACAGAGUUAAAAGCGAUCGAACUCCAGGAUGUCCAACUUCAUCUUCCGACGGAGGAGCAUCGGUCAUAUCUCCUUGUCCACCUCGCUCUUUUCCUUCACCGCAGGUAACGAGUACCGCAGCUUCUGAUUUCCGGAAUCAUCCACAAAAGUCUUCUAGGCUAAGUCCUGUCUUGGAGCACCCACCAACAUUGUCUUUAAACAACAGCCAUUCCACAGAGGCCGAUUGUGAUCGUUCAUCUGAGAGUAUAGAAGGUAGUGGUGGUUCUGAACGUAUGAAGCAGUCUGAUUCUAUGGAACAUCAGUCUAAGUCCCAAGCCUAUAUUCCUCUGGACACUCCGGAAAUGCUGCAGUUUGUGGAUCCUAGAUUGUCUGCUCAGUUCCAGCAUACUGUAGCGGAUACCCUCGAAACUGAGGCGGGAAGGGUUACAGGAAUUGAUGAACACAUCCGAACCUCGAAGGUUCCUUCCACGACUAAGUUCUCCUGA